AUGCUGACGACAGCUAUCUCUUCCCCAUCAGCAGCCCUGGCGCUGGGGCUGCUGCUACUCCAACCGCUAACCUCCGCCGCAACUCUUCCACUACACAAGAAAGCACCCAGCAACGAUGCCACGGCCGCGGUCAACACGACCACCUGCAACGGCAACACCUACACCUACCGCGCCCUCGCCGGCUACGGCUCCGUCUCAGGCAGCGCCCGCGACAAGUUCGGCGACACGCUGGGCGGCCUGGGCAGUUCCAUCGCCAUCGAGCACGGCUCAUGGAAACGCGAAACCAACGACAGCGACGGCACAGAACUCUACACCGGCAUCCUCUGGGCGCUGCCCGACCGCGGCUGGAACACCAACGGCACGCUCAACUACAACCCGCGCGUGCACAAGCUGGGCAUCAGUUUCUCCCCCGUGACUGCAGCAGCAGCGGAUGGAAGUAGUGGUAGUGGCAGUGGUAGUGUCAGCAGCCCCCCGAACCUGCAUCUCGAAUACCUCGACACGGUGCUCUUCAGCGACCCGGCCGGCACGCCGGUCACGGGGCUCGAUCCGGACUUCGCGGAGGUGCCGAUAGAGUUUCCGGGUUUCCCCGCCAUGCCGGUGGCCACGUACGAGGGGGAUGGGUUUGGCGGGGAGGGGCCUGGCGGUAGGCGGGUGGCGGUGGAUAGCGAAGGUCUCGUGCUCGGCCCUGAUGGCGAGUUCUGGGUCAGCGACGAGUACGGGCCGUUCGUGUAUCGGUUCUCGCGCGAGGGCAGGAUGCUGGCUGCCAUCAGGCCGCCCGAGGCGUACGUGCCGAGGAGGAAUGGGAAUGUGAGCUUCUCCGCCGCCUCCGCCCCCCUCUACGACCCAGACCGCGUGCCCGUCCCCGAAGACCCGACCUCCGGCCGCGCCAACAACCAGGGCUUCGAAGGCCUGACCGUGUCUCCCGACGGCUCGACCCUCUCCGUCCUCCUGCAGUCGGCCCUCAUGCAGGACGGCGGCCAAGGCGGCAAGCAGACGCGCCGCCACGCCCGCCUGCUGCAAUACGACAUCACUGCCUUGUCCUCCUCCUCCUCUUCUCCCUCUUUCCCCCAUCCCUCCUCUUCCUCAUCCUCCUCCACAAACACCUCCUCCAACCCCCUCCCCAAAGCCGAAUUCGUCGUCCCCCUCCCCACCUUCCCCAACGCCGACGGCAAAACCCGCGUCGCCGCCCAGAGCGAGCUCCUCGCCCUCAGCGCCACGCAGUUCCUCGUCCUGGCGCGCGACUCGAACGCCGGUCGCGCUGCCGAGAGCACCGAGAGCUUGUACCGGCACGUCGACGUGUUCGACGUCAGCGCCGCGACCGACGUCUUCGGCGACGACGACUCCGUCUCAGGCAGCGUCGCGGGCGCCGAGGACGGCGUGUUGGACGACGGUAUCGCGCCGGCCGAGUAUUGCGCUUGGUUGGAUUUUAAUGUCGGAGCGGAGUUGGCGCGGUUUGGGCUGCAUAAUGGGGGCGUGGAUGAUGAGGGGUUGAUGAAUGAGAAGUGGGAGAGUUUGGCGGUCGUGCCGGUGUUGGGGGAGGGCGGGGAGGAGGUCGAGGGCGAGUGGUGGGUUGUUAGUCUCAGUGAUGACGAUUUUAUUACGCAGGACGGGUAUAUGGAUGGGGGGGAUUUCCUGUAUAGUGAUGAGAGUGGGGCGAGUUUGGAUAAUCAGGCGUUGGUGUUUAGGGUGGGGUUGGAGAAGGGGUUGAGGCCGGCGGGGUGGUGA